AUGGCCAUCAAACAAAUAGAAUCAAUGGGGCCUGGAUCAGAAGAGGAGGUGGGGAAGCAUAAAUGUAAACUGGAGGUGGAGGCGAUUUUACUGGUGGAGGAGGAGAAGGUGGUGGAGGACUCACGUAAUAGUAAGGAGAAGGAGGGUGAGGCGUUGGUGGUGGAGGGGAUUUGUAGUAGUAGGGAGGAUGAGGAGUGGGAGAUGGUGGAGGAGGACUUUGAUAGUAAUAAGGAGGUGGUGGUGAUGGGGAUGGUAGUGGAGGUGAUUUAUAGUAAUAGGGAGGUGGUGGAGGGGAUUUGUAAUAGUAAGGAAGUGGUGGUGAUGGAGAUGGUGGUGGAGGGGAUUUGUAAUAGUAAGGAGGUGGUGGUGAUGGAGAUGGUGGGGGAGGUGAUUUAUAGUAAUAGGGAGGUGGUGAAGAUGGAGAGGGAGGUGGAGGGGAUUUGUAGUAAUAGGGAGGGUAUGAAUGCUCUUUGGGUGGAGGUGGGGAUUUAUAAUAGUAAGGUGGAGGUGAUGGUGAAGGUGGUGGGGGAGAUUUAUAAUAGUAUGGAGGAGGAGAGGAUGGUGAAGGUGGGGGUGGUGAUUUGUAAUAGUAUGGAGGAGGUGGGGAUGGUGAUGGUAGUGGGGGAGACUUAUAAUAGUAUGGAGGAGGAGGGGAUGGUGAAGGUGGGGGUGGUGAUUUGUAAUAGUAUGGAGGAGGUGGGGAUGGUGAUGGUGGUGGGGGAGACUUAUAAUAGUAUGGAGAAGGAGGGGAUUGUGAAGGUAGUGGAGGAGAUUUAUAGUAGUAUGGAGGAGGUGGGGAUGGUGAAGGCGGUGGCGGAGAUUUAUAGUAGUAUGGUGGAGGAGGAGAGGGCGAUGGUGGGGGUGGAGAUUGGUAGUAGUAUGGAGGUUUAG